GAGUAUUUAGUGAACGAUUUCCACGUCCUUCGGUCACACCAGGUCAAAGCUCUUCUUUUAUAGAUAGAGACAGAAACUGAUUCUUCGAAAUAAAAGUGUUACCGGGUUGGGUACGUUUGACCUACUCUUGGAUUACGCGUAGGUUAAAAGAUGAGACUGUACUUUUUGGGCACAGUUUUGUGCUUAUUCCUGUGGCGGUGCGCAGCGAAUCCAAUAAUCACAAUAACGGCGGACGAUGAUACGAAAUUUUCGACAACUCAGUCAACCGAAUUAGAUAAAAAAAUAGAAACGGAUGGAAUAAAGCGAGAAGAAACUUUGGGAGUGUUUGAAACACAAGCGGAUACUUCGAAAAUUGAACCCGAACGAGUCGUAGAAAUCGAUACCGAAUCUAAAGUAGCAGUCGAUACAACGAUUAAUAACGAAAUCGGUGGAAAUAAAGCGGUAGAACAUAAAGUUUCGUUAAAAAAAGUUAAAUCUAAGGGCAAGGUUAAAGGACGUCAAUCGGGAGACGAUGAUGAUGAUGACGACGACGAUGACGACGACGACGAUCUAGAUCUAGGACUUGGUGACGAUGACGACGACGACGACGACGACGAUGAUGACAGUCCAGCGAACGAUGAUGACGACGAUGAUGACGACGACGACGAUUAUUUUGGAGGAUUUUUAGAUGAUAUUUUAGGAGGAGAUGACGAUGAUGAUGACGACGACGACGACGAUGAUGACGAUGAUGAAAAACCGGUAUCUCAACCAAUCGAACCGCCGGUUGUUGAACAAUCCCCAGUAGAACCCGCCGAACCGUCGACACCGAUCGAAACCAGUCCCGGCGAUCAAUUAGAUACCCAAGAAGUAGAUGCCGAAGAUGCGGAACUUUCAAGCACCGGUACGAACGAUCCAGUACAAGACACAGAUCCGGUAGUUGUAGUAAAAGAGCCAACGGCAGUGGAUCAGGUUGAAAAUUCCGUGGAACCGAUCGUAGUUCAACCGGUACCGGCUACUGAUAAUGACGAUGACGAUGACGACGACGACGACGAUGAUGAUGAUGACGAUGACGUAUUAUCGGAUUUAGCCGGUGACGAUGAUGACGACGACGACGACGACGACGACGAUGACGACGAUGAUGACGACGACGAUGAAACCGGUAUAGAAGACGUCAUCGAAGCGAAGAGAUCACGAUCUUUAUCAGGAGCUCAACCGAAGAUGCCGGCGAUUUACAUAUCGAAAUACAAUAAAUUCGUGGAUAAUAUCAUAGAAAGAAUAAAUAAAAUUUUGGGAAAAUCCUACGAUCCUGUUCGAGUCAAAUUACAAUCAUUAGAUAAUAAAUCGAAAAAUACGAAAAAAACCACCAAGAAAACCGACAAAAAAAAAUCGAAUAAAGUUAAAAAAACGAAAGGGAAAAAGAAGAAGAAUCAUUCGAGAAAUGGUACGAAGAAGAAUGACGAAGAAAAGAUGACAAACAAAAUGGGAGAAUUUACGGUACAAAGGGCAAAUCAAAUUGAAAUCGAAGAACCAAAACUCAUCGAAAGCGAAACAAGAGAACCGGCAUUCGUUUUAGUUUCGAAAGUAGGAUCGGAGAAUUUCAUCAAGAACGUUUCGUUGACGUCGUCCCCCCUCAGAGCGAAUCCCAAACGACCGAUUAAAACCAAAACGAAAACUAACAAUAAAAAUAAAACUACGAAUAAAAACAAAACGAAAAGCGAUAAUAAUAAAAAGAGUAAACCGACAGUUAGAGCUACCUUAUUUGGAUUGAGCACCAUCAGAAGAGAUUCGGACGUUAUGGUAAACAUACAAUCGGAUCAUACAACCGUUAAAACUAACUUCGUUUUGGGACCGCUGACACUCAGAGUUGAAAGAGAGGUGGGAAAAGGUGCUAGGAGGGAAUUGAAAAGCGCUACAGCGACAACGGCUGAAAUGUACGGAAGAUUGAAUUUGAGAAUAGCCCACGGAGGUACUGCUAACUUACAUUCGAUACGGGUACUUCAACCGAAACAGGUGAGGGUGGAUAGUGCCGAUAAUCACGAUAAAACUAAAGAAUAUAUUUGGAAGAGGAGUGCCCAUAUCGCGACUUUGGUAUCGGAAAAACUCUCGGCCGUAGCUAGGUCCAUGUUGAAGCAAAAAAGUUUUGAUUAAACUUGGGAUAAGGACUGAAAUUUAAGUGAUGUACAGAACUUUACUAAAUCCAAUUUGAAGGUAAUAUAAAAGAAAUUGAUCUCAAAAAUUGC